AUGGGAAAGUCCAAUCAGUCUUUUGUGACAGAAUUUGUCCUGCUGGGGCUUUCUGGCUACCCAGAGCUAGAGGCCAUUUACUUUGUGCUGGUCCUAUGUAUGUAUUUGGUGAUCCUGUUGGGAAAUGGAGUCUUCAUCAUUGUGAGUGUUUAUGACACCCACUUGCACACCCCCAUGUACUUUUUCCUCAGUAACUUACCAUUCUUGGACAUCUGCUACACUAGUUCAUCUAUUCCACUAUUUCUCAGCAGCUUCUUAACUUCAAAGAAAACUAUUUCCUUCUCUGCGUGUGGAGUGCAAAUGUUUCUCUCUUUUGCUAUGGGAGCAACAGAGUGUGUCCUUCUAAGUAUGAUGGCGUUUGACCGCUAUGUGGCCAUCUGUAACCCUCUACAAUACCCUAUCAUCAUGAGCAAGGCUUCAUACGUGUCCAUGGCUGCUGGGUCCUGGAUUGGAGGAGGCACCAAUUCUGUGUUGCAAACCUCCCUUGCAAUGCGGCUUCCUUUCUGUGGAGAUAACGUUAUUAAUCAUUUUACUUGUGAAAUCUUGGCUGUCUUAAAAUUGGCCUGUGCUAAUAUCUCCAUAAAUAUUAUUAGCAUGGUUGUUGCUAAUAUGAUUUUUCUUGUAGGACCAGUACGUUUUAUUUUUGUUACAUAUGUUUUUAUUCUCUCCACCAUCCUGAGAAUUCCUUCUGGAGAAGGAAGGCACAAAGCCUUCUCCACCUGCUCUGCCCACCUAAUAGUGGUGAUUAUAUUCUACGGAACCAUCCUUUUCAUGUAUGCAAAGCCCAAGGCUAAAGACUCUUCUGGAGCAGACAAAGAACAAGUCACAGACAAAAUCAUCUCCCUCUUCUAUGGAGUGGUGACACCUAUGCUUAAUCCUCUCAUCUAUAGUUUGAGGAACAAAGAUGUGAAGGCAGCUGUGAAGAGUAUACUGUGUCAAAAAUGCUUCUCGGAAGGAAUGUAA